AUGUCUUUCAUGGAACCGUUCCGCAUUAAGAUGGUAGAGCCCCUCACAUUACUCACUAUGGAAGAGCGGAUCAAAAUAUUGGAAGACUGUGGUUGGAAUCCAUUCCAAGUUGAAGGACGUCAUGUCACCUUUGAUUUACCUACUGAUUCUGGUACCGGCGCCUUGAGUCAAGAUCAGUGGGCAGCGAUGAUGCAGGCAGACGAGGGUUACUUUUCCUCGCGCAGCUUCAAGAAGUUAGAGGACUGCGUGAAAUCGCUAACGGGAUUUCAGUUCAUGCUUCCCGCUCACCAGGGAAGGGCGGUGGAGCAUCUGUUAUUGUCCAUUCUGUCAAAGCCUGGAAUGACAGUGUUCAGCAACAAUCUUUUUCUUACAACACGUGGAAAUGCUGACCUUGCUGGUUUACAUGUUGUUGAUCUUCCAUGCCAGGGAAGUCCAGAUAGAUCCUUCAAUGGGAACAUUGACUGUGAGAGGCUCAAGGUGGAACUGGAGAAAGUGGGUCCAGAAGGUGCAAUGGUUGUGUUGGUCGUCGCCAGUACAAGUCCGGCAGGCCAACCAGUCUCAAUGGCAAAUAUUCAAGACCUGUCCACGAUUUGUCACAGCUUUGAUGUCCCAUUGAUCAUGGAUGGGUGUCGCUAUGCAGAAAAUGCUUACUUCAUCAAAAAACGUGACAAGGAAUACAAGAACAUGCCCUGUAAAGACAUCGCUCUGAAGAUGUUCUCCUAUUUCGAUCAUGUCUAUGUGUCAGCCAAGAAGGAUGGACUGUGUAACACAGGAGGGUUUCUUGCCACAAACAAGGAGGAUGUUUAUAACAAAGCAUCAGUCAGGAUGUUUUAUACAGAAGGAUACAAGACCUAUGGUGGGUUGUCCGGGAGGGAAAUGGAGGCCAUGGCGAUUGGCCUACUGGAGGGCAUUGAUGAUAAGUUUCUACAGUAUAGAGUUGAAAGCACUCUCGCAUGUUUGGAGAUAUUCUGA